CAUCUCCUACGCCUCGACCUGACAAAAUGACUCGAGGUCGGCAGACCAGCAUGAUAUACUGACGAGACGUCACCGUCUCACACUGAACACCAUGCGCUCAGCCUCCGGACGAGCAGCGCCAGCGCCAAUACCAACAUCGCCAAGAAGAGACACCUCGCAUCUGGACACAGACAGCUUGCACACCAUGAGCUCCGGGUCGUCCCUCGACCCCUUGGAGAAGGACAAGGAGAUGGAGGACGAUGUGGCGCCGCUGCCUACUCCGUCCCCGGCGCCGCCCCGCCGCCCACAUAGCCUGCACUCGCUGAGACUUGCGCGAUCUGCAUCGUGUGCAUCCCGUGCAUCCCGCGCAUCCCGUCUCAGCCGAACAAGUACGCGCAUGAGCGGCUUACAGGCCACGCAGCUGGAGAUGUCGCUGCGCGCGCAGACACGCGAAAGCGGCGUACUCACACAUGCGGCGGGCGAGGGCGGGCGCGGCGUCGUGGAGAAGCACACAGUGCUAGACUUUGGGGAAGGGCCCGAGGAGGUGGUUAUCAUCGACUGGGCACCGGGGAAUCCGGAGGUGAGUUUGAGUCGUGCGGGUCGGAUGUGGCCGAGCGUCAUGUGAGAGAAUAUUGCAGUCGGGUGUCAAGGUGGCGAUGGAUGGAGCAGUGGCUGAGGUGAUCCGCAAUCGUUAUCCAACCCCUUCAACUG